CUGUCGUUGCGGCUGCUGGUCCCUGCCGCUGCACUUUCUCUCCUCGUUGGCGGAGCCUCAUUCGCGCGCUCGUACAUGUUAGGCCAGGUUUUUGACUUCGCCGCUGCUCUAGCUCAGCGGGGGGAAGUUUUGGGGGGAGGUUCCCUCCUGCAGGGGGAGUCGGAUAUGCUGCUUGUCAAGGGAAGCCUCCCGAGGCUGUCGAAGCCAAAUAGGGCGCUGCUGAUGCUGGUGCUAAGAACUGCCGUAGCAGCGGCUGUGGAGGUUGUUGGAGCUGUGACAAGGGAUGCCCUCUUCACGUGCGCCCGUUGGCGAUUGGUGGUGGCUAUGCAGAAGCGGUUAUUUGCCUCUCUUCUGCGUCAAGAGGCGGCUUUCUUCGAUGGGCAUUCCACCGGGACCUUGGCUAGCCGCAUCGUUAAUGACACCGAAGAUAUGCAGCAAGUUGUGACAAGCGGCGCGCAGAGGCUUCUCUCUGCUCUACUGAACAUCUCCGCGGGAGGACUCCUGAUGUUUACAUUGUCUCCGCAAAUGGCUGCCCUCGGAAUGCUCGCGGUCCCUUGCGUCUUGCUAGGCACAGGGGGCGCAGCCAAAGCCAUCGGCAUCCUAGGCUUGCUGCAAAAUGACCUUCUCGCGGAUAUUUCUGCGAUCGCCACCGAGGUCCUCGCCAACGUACAUACUGUCAAGGCAAACGCUGCGGAGGAUAUUGAACUCAAGCGAUACAGCGCGUGCCAAGAUGCGUCUAUGCGAGUACUGCGCGAGAGCGUCAUCGCCGAAUCGUUUUUUAAGCAAACGAAGCAGCUGCUCCUGUUGGCCACUGACUUGGGGUUGCUUGCUUUUGGGAUGUCGUCGGUGGUGCAGGGCCGCUUGACAAUCGGUCGCUUCAUGUCCUUCAGGAGUUACAUGCGAAAGUUCUACUUGGGGCUUGACGCCCUGACGGACAUAUACAAAGACCUACAGUACUCCUUGAUGGCCUCUGAACGCUACUUCGAGUUCGUGGACAGACGGCCCACAGUUGCAGCCGCAACGAGGACCGCUCUGGGGACGAUUGGUUCUCAGGCAACCCCCUCAGAAGGCCCUAGGGGCCUUGCUGAGAAGCUGGGCCCUGCCCUUGUGGAAUUCAAAGACGUAUCCUUUGCUUACGCCCCCGUUAACAACGCAGCGGAAGAGUCGCUGGCUUCUGAUGAGCUCCGCAGCCCUUUGAUUCUGAAGAAUUUCUCGCUCCGGGUUCCACCGGGAGAGGUGUUGGCCCUUGUGGGCACAUCAGGCGCUGGCAAAUCGACAGUCGUGAAAUUGGCGCAACGCUUCUACGAUCCACAGAGCGGGGCAGUGCUCAUGGAUGGACUGGAUUUGCGGUCAGUGGACAUGAAGGCCCUGCGGCAAGCCGUGGCAUACGUUGAGCAGGAACCUCUGCUCUUCAAGCGGAGUGUCGCGGACAACAUCGCCUACGGCCUUAGGCCCCUAGAAGACACCAGCGACGCCUGGAUUCGAAAGCGCGAAAGGGCAUACGUUCUUGAGCAGCAGCGACAGCGACAUGACGGGCAAAUGCAGCAGCACGGGGAAACGGAGGAGGAUGCGUAUGAGGCGGAGUUGGAACGAACCCUGCGCCACCCUGAGGCUGCAGGAUGGCCCUCGGGGCUGCUGCAGCGUGUUCUAGCUGCAGCAGUAUCCGCAAAUGCACUUCCAUUUAUUAGGCAGCUACCCGAUGGUUUGUUCACCCUUUGCGGCGAAGGGGCAGUCAGACUAUCGGGAGGACAAAAGCAGAGGAUUGCGGUCGCCAGGGCCGUGCUACGGAACCCACGUUUGUUGAUUUUGGAUGAGGCUUCGAGCUGCCUGGACGCCGACAGCGAGGCGGCGCUGGCAGAGACUCUGAAGCGACUGAAAGGCAAAACCACGGUCAUCACUAUCGCUCACAAACCCUCGAGCUUCAGGCAGGUGGACAGGGUGGCAUUCAUUGAGGAUGGACGCAUUGCAGAGGAGGGGACUCCAGCGGAGCUGCUGAGCAACAAGCGCUCAAAGUAUGCAGAGCUGGUCGGGGGCACAUACACCCCUAACGUAGCCGCUAAAUCGAAUGACUCAAUGCAGGCGGUGCCGUUUCAAGCUGAAGUUUUCUUGAAGACAAUAGCAAACAGAUUACACGAACCUUUGCACGAAAUGAGAAUCUCAUCACGAAUAAGCGCUGCCAUCGCCUGUGCGCCGGCCCGCAGAAUUCAGACUCUAAAGAAGCAAUAA